AUGGUGUCGGUAAGAAAUUGUACGGCACCCGGUCCCGACAGAAUAAGACUAGAACACCUGAAGAACCUUCCGCCAGUACUCGUCAACAUCCUGGCGAGGCUCUUUACACGUUACCUUUCGGAAUGCAAGGUUCCUAAACAGUGGAAGACCAGCAAGACCGUAUUGUUAUAUAAAAAGGGAGAUCCAUAUGACAUCAACAACUAUCUCCCAAUCUGCUUACUGUCCGUCAUCUACAAGCUCUUUACAACAGUGAUCCUUAAUAGGAUUAAAAAAAUCUCGGAUGAAGGACAACCAUGCGAGCAAGCAGGGUUUCGAAAAGGAUUCAGCACGAUUGACCACAUUCACACUGUUUCAAAACUCAUCGAGUACAAGAUGCCGCUCUGUUUCACCUUCAUCGACUUGAAGAAGGCCUUCGACUCAGUUGAGACGGAAGCUGUUGUGGAAGCCUUGGACAACCAAGGCGUCCCUACUUAG